AUAAUGCCAAAAGCCCUGCAAACAGAUCAGUGUAAAGCAGAAAGCAUGAAGGGAGUAUGCAUGAAAAUCUAUUGGUUUGUGGUCUAUAUCGCAACACAAGGAGGAACUGUUCUGCUGCCUGUGACCUAAAAAAAGGGGUAGGCCUUGGGCUUGAUUCUAACUUGAUAACCCUGUAGUGUGCUGCAUGCAGAGGAAUGUCUUUCUGUUUCUACAAGUGACAUCUCAAGGAACACAGCAAACGACGAAAGAGAAAAGGAAAAAAGGCCAGCAAAAAAAAAAAAUGGAUUAGAGCAGCACUGGACAUUGGAGAACAUCGACUGAAGUGGGCAAAAAAGUCUUUAGGUAACGAUAGAGUCAGAGAGUACUAUGGCCUCCAACCAACACAGACCAAAACCCAGCUUGAGCCUCCGCUCAAACACAACUGUACGUUAUGGCUCCAUGAGCUCUGAACAACCAGAUAGUGACACACCCUCCGUUCAAACAGCCUCCAUUUCUCAGCGAUGCUCCUACAUCUCAGUGGCAGUGCUCUGCUACAUCAAUCUCCUCAACUAUAUGGACCGUUAUACUAUAGCAGGUGUGCUGCUUAGCAUCCAGAAAUACUUCAAAAUCGAUGACAGCACAUCAGGUCUCCUACAGACAGUUUUUAUCUGUAGCUUUAUGUUGUUGGCGCCAGUUUUUGGUUACCUUGGAGAUCGCUACAACAGGAAGCUUCUCAUGAUCGCUGGGUUGAUUGUGUGGAUUGUUACAUCACUGGGCAGCUCUUUCGUCAAAGAUACGCACUUCUGGAUUCUGGUCCUGACGAGGGCCCUAGUUGGGACAGGAGAGGCCAGUUACUCCACCAUCGCUCCAACUAUCAUUGGUGACUUGUUCACUGGCAACAAAAGAACUCUCAUGAUCUCCUUCUUCUAUAUCUGCAUACCGGUCGGAAGUGGUCUAGGAUAUAUAAUGGGAGCAACUAUAGCUAAUGCAACUGGGGAUUGGCGUUGGGCCCUGAGGGUAAGAUAAUAUAUAUUUUGUAAAUAUUGUAAAGACUC